CCGCCCCCAGGCUCCUGCAGCACCGUCUGUCAUGGCGGCCGGCCGGUUAAGUGUGUGCGCUCGCCGCUUCUUGGCGGCCGCGGCGAUGCGAGGGCUGCCAGCUGCCCGCGUUCGCUGGGAAUCGAGCUCGACCAGGGCUGUGGUUGCCCCGGCCACCAUGGCGGGAAAGCGGACGCAAGAACCGACCAUGAUCUGGCAGGAAGACCCAGAACCCGAGGACGAAAACCUUUAUGAGAAGAACCCAGAUUCUCAUGGUUAUGACAGGGACCCUGUGGUAGAUGUCUGGAAUAUGCGAGCUGUCUUCUUCUUUGGCUUUUCCAUCGUCCUGGUCUUUGGAACUGCCUUUCUGGCUUAUCUACCUGACUACAGGAUGCAUGAGUGGGCCCGUCGGGAAGCUGAGAGGCUUGUGAAGUAUCGAGAAGCCAAUGGCCUCCCCAUCAUGGAAUCCAACUACUUUGACCCUAGGAAGAUCCAGUUGCCAGAGGAUGACUGAGCAGUUGCUGAGUGGGGCUCAAGAAAUGCCAUCUUCCUUAACUCCGGCCUGCCAUUCUUUCUGUUCCUCAGAUUACCUGAUUAAAGAGAUUGAAAAUA